CUGUUAAAUCAUUAUAUGCUAUCUGUGGUUUCCAAUUUCCAGUUGUCAAAAUCAAUAUCGUCAAUUUGUCACUGUCAUCACAUCACCGGCCGGCCGACUGCACCUAUUUACGAAACUAUAAAUAAUUACGAUAAAAGUGUAUUAAAACUGAUUUGCAUUAUCAUUUAAGCACAAGAUAGUAGCCACAAUGAGUUCGAAAAAAUCUUCUAAAGGCGAAAAAUUAAAGAAUGAAAAGAAACUUGAAGAACCCUCUUCGCUCGGCAAAUACUUCAUAGUAUUUCUCGUGCUUGGGGGACUUACUGCCUAUAGUGCCUACAAAUAUUUGUCUACACCUCUCGAGAAGCCAGUGCUUGAUCUUGAGCAAUGGUGGGGCCCGUACCCUAUAGAUUUAAAGAAGGAUGUGUCUAUCAGACCUUACCAGAUUGAAUUUUCUGAUGUGAUAGUCAAUGAUCUCAGGGAGCGUCUUCUCCACAGCCGUCCCUUGACACCUCCACUAGAAGACGUCGGCUUUAACUACGGCUUCAACACAAACUAUCUGACUAAAGUCUUAGACUAUUGGAAGAACAACUACAACUUUAAAGAACGAGAACAGUUUCUGAACAAGUACAAACACUUUAUAACAAAUAUACAGGGACUGGAUAUACAUUACAUGCAUGUAAAGCCCAAAGUAUCUGCUAAUGUUACCGUAGUACCCAUCCUUCUGAUACACGGCUGGCCCGGCUCCAUCCGCGAGUUCUACGAGAUAAUACCAAAGCUGACGACCGUUAGACCCGAUCAGAAAUUCGUAUUUGAGGUCAUUGCACCCAGUAUACCUGGCUUCGGGUUUUCACAGGUGAGGAAAUAUUUUUUACGGUUCCGUACCCAAGAAACUAAACACAAUCCUGACACUUGACUGUAUGUGUAUCUC